UCCCUUAUAAGCCUUCUUCCGGAAAAGACGCAGGAAAGACGCGUGUCGCUCGAGACAAACGGCGAAAAUGGAGACCAAAUAUGUCUCCGUUUACACGUCCCAAAACGCCUGGAAUGGCCGGAUUCUGUUAGGCUUUAUCUUCUCCUUCCUUGGUUUCCUGGUCUUCUUCGUAUCCUUUGUGAUGCCGCGAUGGAACGACUUCGAGUCGGAAGAAUUCGCCGGUCUCGGAAAUAUCCGAAUAUCAAGGAUCGGCCUCUGGCAGAACUGUAAGAUGUACGACGGCUUUGAUUGCAAUUGGAACACAGGAAUCCCCGGGAUCGCAGCUCCGCAGACUUUCCAUUGCAUCGCUUUCGUUUUGUUCGUGGUGUAUGGGAUCCUUCUGUUCCGGUGGCAGAGACAGGACAGGCUCCCGAUCCGGCUCCUGGAGGCGUCACUAUGUGCCUUUGCUAUUGGUUUCUUCGUGAUGCUGAGUUUUUUGACCUGGAUAACCCAGCUUGGUCCCCCCUUCCAGUACCACCUCGCCAUUGGCUUUGGAUUCGCCGUCUUCUCCUUCGUCUUGAUGGAGCUGACAUUUGUGAUAUUAUUUAUGGAGAGUAAACAGGAAGCUCGAAAACGGAAGUUGGUCGUGGACGAGGAAGACACAGACGAUCGUCAUACCAAUGUAGUUGUGUGAUUCUCCUUAAAUCAGAUAGGAAUUCAAAAGACUUCAGUUGCUCGAGCUGAUCUAACUGCAACUAAGACUCACUGAUCGCUGUGACAAUACAGCCGUGUUAACGCUUUGCUGGAGGCUGAAUCUCCCAAGACACCACACAAUGCAUACUGUAUGGUGUCAAAUCAAAACCACAACCAGGGGUAUUUGAGGAGACGCUUUGCUUGAGUCAUUUCCGAGCAGAUAUACGCGAUCAAGGAACAAACACCUUGCAGUUUAUAACAUGCAUCUUCUCAAAUGAAUUGACUCUAAAAGAAGUUGGAGACAAACCAUUUUCUAUCCUGCUGAGCUCUGCAACUGACGCUCUGAUCUUUGUCAGUGACAUACAUGUACAAGUUUAGCGGUUUACAUAGCCCAAACUGUCCCAGUUAAUACAGAUUGUUAAGGUGAUUUUCAUAACAAUAAAUUCAUUCCUUUACUAUAGUAAUUUAUACACAAUAUAAUCUGUUAAUACCAACUCAGAAAUUAUUUAGUAUUUCUGAAGAAGCUAGUACAUACUGGCUCAAGAGUCCACACUAUUUGAACUAAUUCUAGUAAGCAGCUUAUAGAGUACAAAGUUAACACGAUAUGUAAAACAUAUAAUGUAAAAAACCGUUCACUUAGCUUGGAAAGUUGUUAGCAAGAAUGAACACAAUUUAAAAACAUUCAAGCUACGGACCUAAUUAUCAACAUUGCUUUCACCAAACAAGUAUUGUAAUCCACAUUGUAAAACCAAAUGGAUUUAUAUUUACAUUUUGUAAAACGUUGUGGCAAUUUAGUUUAGUAUAAUGUACAUGGCAUGGAUUUGCACCAAAAAAAGGAUAUACACGAAAUCUUGAUUUUUUUAUUUGUCGAUUUGUCAAUUGUCAAACAGAAUAUGUCCCUAAAGCAUGGACUGAGAAUUGACUUUAAAAAGUCAAAAAUUGCUUUAUGGAUUUCUUCAUGUACUCGACUCAUAGACUUUAAGUAAAUACAUCAAACUUUUAUCUAAAACUGAGUUGAUUUUAAAUAUUCAUUUAUAAUAUCGUUCAUCGAUACUUGUUGACACCGGUCACAAUAUUUGUAGAACUACAGUCACGGGAAAAUUUGGGUUGACUGUCAAUUUUCCCGUAAAACUACAGUUCCGCCUUUUAUUUUUCCUACAGAGUUCACGACAAAAUGUAUGGUUACAUCUAUUAAGAUAUGGAGCUUGAUUGGCGACCAUCUACAUCCAACGUUUGCACAUUUUGCCUCAAAGUUAUAAUGUUUGGUGUUUUACUGAAAUCAUAGAGAGAAAGAUAAAAGGAAAGAAAGAUUGAUAAUCAAAGAUGACAGAUGCAAUUUUAUAGCAAUAGAGUUUGUAUUGCCCUGCAUUUUGUUUAUAUCAUUUAGAACAUGUAGCCUUUAUAUUUUAGUAACAUUUACAAACGUAUCAAACUUAGUGCAAUUAAGCAAGUUUAGUGUCUCUGUCGUUUUUAUAACUAAUGUGUUAUCACGCUUUAAUUCGGUGUGCUGACCAUUAGUCUAUUAGUAGUGUCUGCUGUUUACGUUGAAGUAGAAUUUUGCUGCGCUUUGUUUACUUAAGUUGGUUAAAGACUGCAUUUUGAUAUUUAUCUUAAUUAUGGAACCUUGUCGUUUCCUGUGUGAAUCUGGCCACUUUAUCAGUAUUUUAGGCCUGUAAAAGUCUCUGAACUGUCCAGACGUUAUUUAACCGAUAGAAACUGUGGCCAAUCACGAUGUAAGUUUUGAUAGUAUUGUUUUAAAACUAUAUGUUAAGAGAAAUUAAUUAUGAACCUUUUUAUGUUCAUUUAUGCGUGCUGAACUAUGUUUUUAAUUUGUUGACAAACAGAUAUUUAUUGUACGUAUUGAUUUAUUUGUAUUUUUAUAUUUGUUUGUUGUAGCUUUUUACCAUUCACACAAAGUUCUUUUCACCACUCAAGUGACAUUGUGCGCAUACCAGGAGCCGCGCUUUCCCAUGUUAAUGUCGUGGAUAAUAAAAUGAAACUGGUUAACUAACUGUAA